AUGAAAAGCUACGCAAAGGCAUUGGGGCGGUAUUUCCCGCUUCUCUCCGAGCCAGAGCGGAUGGAAUUGGCACGCUCGUAUCCGGAAAAGUUUUUGCGGAGGAUGGUUUUGGUGAAUGCAGCUAGAGGCAGUGAAAGUAGAGCUCUUGAAGAAGAAGCUGCAAGGAACGGAGAAGACGUGGAUGCUGCUGACCAGCCAGCGCACUUCGGCACACCACCGAGAAAGAGAAAAGAGCCCUCAAACAAUCCCUUUUGGGUUUCGCCAACGAUUCACAAGAAGCAAACGAAACAGAAGCUGAACGAUUGGAGCAAGUCCAUGCGUCGCGCUCGUACGAGCGAGAUUGGUGCGGCUUCGCCACCGGCUCAGCUUUUAACAGGCAACACUUCGUCAAAUAAAGCCUCAGGUCCAGUUCCUGACACAAGAGCCCGUUCAUCUAGUACUUCGUCCUCGACAAGGUUCAGAACCCUGAACGACACGCUUCUCCUCGACACCAUCCCGCCGGGCGUGGAAUCUGUCAUCUCCACUUUGGACAAACAGCAACGGAAUUGGCGGGAGUCCCUCUUCGAGGCGAUGCUGCACUUGC